AUCGAUUUCGGCACAUUAUUGAACGCGAAAGUCAUGAGAACUCCUACAAGGGAACCUCUACGACCUGCUAGAGGUAGCAGUCAAAUCUCUCAAAAUCACACCCCACCGUCUCAGAAAACGUGGCUCAUAAAAGAACGUAACCCUAGAUAUACAAAAAGAUGGGAUGGUCAUGGCUAGAAUGCCUUACUCAUGUCUACUCGAUCAGCUCUAACCCUGGGAAGAGAGCUGACCCUAUUAAUUCCCAAAAUGGCAAAAUCUAAAAAGGAAGCACGUUCAAGAUCAAGAAAGAGAUCUACUUCCAGAAGUCGAAGUCGCAGUCGUACAAGGACUGCUGCAAAGAAAUCUGCAUCAACCACAACAACACCAGUCCAGCGCAAAACGUCAUCUCAGACAGUUGCAAAGUCUACUCCCAAAACUGAUCCUAUUCGGAUAUCAAGUCGAAUUGCAGCAAAGGAAGAAAAGAAAUUGUUUGUCGAAAAGUUAGAAACUGUCCAAAUCAAACAGAUCUCUGAAACCAAAACAAUUCCUGAUGUGAAGAUUGAAGAUGAAAAGAAAAUUCGGAAGACACCAAAGAAACAUAUUGGCAGUGUUUUGGGUGCCAUAUCUUUUAUGAUUUUGUUUCCACUUGCCACCUUUUACCUGGUUCUGUUGUGCCACAAGUAUCAGUGCAGUAUCACAAGUCUACCCAAAAUACCAAAGAACUGGAAAUAUUACUUUGACCCAUACUCUGCCAGUAUUGUUGUUGGUUGGUUCCUGCUUCAGUCAGUAUUAGCAAUCAUUCCAGUGGGAAGAAAAGUUACAGGACAGCCUUUACCAUCUGGUGGUCGUCUGACCUAUCGCUGUAAUGGUUUUUUUGCAUUGAUAGUUGUCCUUGCUAUGUUUGGACUUGCUGUCUACUUAGAGCUGCCCAUCACUUUUGUGUAUGACAAAUUAUUUUCAAUAGUCAUUACAUCAGCAAUUCUAGCUUUUAUCCUGAGCAUUGUAUUCUACAUCAAGUCCAGAUAUGCAUCACCAACAGCAAUUGCAGCUUCUGGCAAUACUGGUAAUGUAAUUUAUGAUUUCUUUAUGGGUCACGAAUUGAAUCCUCGUAUUGGUCCUUUGGAUAUGAAAUUUUUAAAUUUCCGAAUGAGUUUUCUUACCUGGCUGAUGAUGGAUAUGUGCCUUGUUCUGAAAGCUAGCCAAGAUGAUGGUGGAAUUUCUCCCUCUAUUGCAAUUGUUACAAUCUUCCAAUUUAUUUACAUUGCUGAUGUGCUCUGGUUUGAGGAAACACUCUUAGUCAGUAUGGAUGUUCUCCAUGAUGGCUAUGGUUUCAUGGCAGUUUUUGGCAAUAUGGUAUGGAUUCCUUAUGUUUACUGUAUUCAAGGACUUUACUUGGUGCGACAGAAAGUGCUACUUCCCUAUUAUAUAUUGGCUCUCAUUGCAGUGUUAAAUUUUGUUGGUUAUGUCAUUUACCGUGGAUCAAUCUCUCAGAAAUAUGAAUUUAGAAAAGAUCCAUUCCAACUCAGUAUGGCCCAUCUUGAGAGCAUACCAUCAAUAAGUGGUAAACGCCUUCUCGUAUCGGGUUGGUGGAAACUGUGUCGCAAACCAAACUACUUGGGUGAUAUCAUCAUGUCUGUUGCCUGGUCUCUUACGUGUGGAUUUGGAAGUAUUGUGCCUUAUUUCUAUCCCAUCUUUUGUAUAACCUUCCUAAUUUUACGGGAGCGUAGAGAUUAUGAUCUCUGUAAGAAAAAGCAUGGCAUUAGCUGGGACCAUUACUGCAAUGCUGUUAAGUAUCGGAUCUUCCCUUAUAUCUACUAAAACUAAGACUAACCACCCUAGUGGUACUACAAAGACUUUUUCCUCACAUUCUUUAACUGCAGCAUUCAUUCACACUCUUUUCUAAAUAUUUUCUACAUCCUAUUAAUUAUUUUUCCCCGUUCCAUUCCUUUUUCAUGAUUUUAUAUGUACAUAAAACAAAAAGAACCACAUUUUCAUUACUUGUGUAUUUGUCUCCACUACUGGGACUCAAGCAUUUUUUUUUAUAUGUACGUUUUUCAUUUAAGUUUGUUUUUAAUUUCAACCCAGUUCUUAUAACCCCUAAAUCAUGUUGUCAUUUCAACUAGGUCAAAGCAUUAUAGAUUAAGAAUAAGUGACUUAGUUACAGAUAUCAGUUGUAGCCAUCUCAUUUACCCUCUUCCACAAAUAUUCCUUUGUGCAUCUAUCAGUAUUCAGUUAAUCCUGACAUUUUUGGUACACUUUUGUACCUUUUUAAAAUUCAAUUCAGAUAUUAUAGGGCUUGUGAUCAGUCAUUCUGUUAUUGUUAUCUUUAUUAUUAUUAUUGUCUAUAAUUCUCCCAUUUACCUUUUAUUUAAUGUCUGUAGUUAACGUUUUAUAAAAACUGAUCUCAUUUCUCAAUACAUUAACUUUUUAAAAAAUUGAAAGAAAAAAAAACCUCAUUUAAUAUGUAGCUGUAUCAGUAACAUUAUCACAAGUAUACAGCGAUGAUGGUGAAAAGUUUACAGACAUCCAAUAUUUUUGACUACUAUAAUACUAGGCUGUGUCAGAUGCUGUAUCACAUUUGUGUAGAAAACAUUUUCUUAAAAAUACAGCUGAAAAAUACAUUUUUUUUUGUGCUUUUCAAAUUCAAUGGAAUCAUUGAAUUUGAUGAUUAACUUUAACUGUACAGUCUUUGAGAAUAUCAUUACAAACUAUACAUAUACUUUUUUUUAUUACUAUUUAUGGACUUUAAUUUACACACUUCUUUGCUUAGCUUUAAAUGUCAGAAACUUGAAAUUUCAUAUAUUUUUUUAAUCUUUAACAUAAAACAUUGACAGUAUUACUAACUGGUGAUUUUGUUUUACUUUAACUAUAAUUGAGAAAAAAAUGACUUGAUAUUCAUUAUACAGAAUCACUAAGAUAGCAAAGAAUUUUUAAUAUAAUUUUUGAGAUUAUUUGUCCCUAUUGAUUUUCUAUCUGAUAUAGUUUUAGAAUGACAUUCCUUUUGUUUUGUCAAACUCUCAAUUAGUUACCAUGGGGACUCUUAUUUGAGACUCUUUACAAACCAAAUUUAAAAGUGGAAAAUCAGUACUCUUCAUUUCUAAAAUAAUCUGCUCAUUUCCCUAGUUAUGGUAUUUCAUAUUUGUUUAGAGAUAGAAUAGUGAACAUUUGAAUAAAUUUGUCUUUUUCUUUGUUUGUAGGAUAGUACUGGUGAAUUUUGAGUUACUGCACUCCACCAUAAAGUAGAACUUAUCAAAUAGUCUAAAAUAAGAUUGAAUGUGGCAAGGUUUCAACUGUUGACCUUAACUUUGCACCUAUUCUCUCUCUAUAAUUAAAAAAAAAAAACAUAAAUGUAGCAUUCGAUUUGUAUGCAUGGCUUAGAACUACCAAUAUUUGGUAAACUUAGUUCAAUAAAGCUUUAAUUCAUCAUAUGUUCAUACAAACAUGUUUUCUGUUGGCCUAGCACUGCUGCAUACCUGUGAGAGAUGGUACUGCAAAAGGCAGAGAUUUAACCUAGGUUGAUGGUAUCUGUAAUGUGUGGUUUAAGAAAACCGAGUUGAUUUGAAUUCUGCCUCUCUACUGUAUAAAGAACACACACAGCUAGCGAAAAUGGUUUCAGUUAACCUGUGCAACUCUUGGUUGGCCACAUUGUAUUACAGUAUAGCUUUAAUAGUCCUGGAGUACUUUCUUUUCUAACCCCACUGGAUUUACUUGCAGAAUUGAAAAUGAAUUCUUCAUUGGUUCAAAUACCUGGUGAUUUACUAAUUAAUCUCUCAUUUGUGUAUUAGUAAUCACCUGCAUUUACUCAGUUCAGUAUUAACAAAGCUUUUCACUAUUAUCUUCCAUUUUCUUAUGACCUUUCAGUAUUACAAUAUUCAAAAACCCCUCAAUUUUGUCAUCAUUACAUUCCUUUUCUUCACCCCAAUCUCCAUUAUAUUUUAGAGAACCACAGUUGUUGAAGUGUUGACAGUUCAUGUUUGGCCACUUGCACUGUACUGUCAAAGACGCUGGACUUUUAAUGGUAUUAUCUACCUGACUAUUAAUUAAGUAUAACGGAUGUUACACUGCUGUAAGCAUUAGGAAUGCUAUGAUUAAUGAAUGGCAUUAGCAUGGAGUACCAAAGUUCAGAUUCCUUCAAGAGUUUUUGAAGAAAGUGGGAAAGAAAUCAUUAUAUUAUUUUAUUGGUAUGUUUACAAUGGGAAAACAUUAAAAAAAUGUUGUUGCAAACUUACAACAAAAGAACAGGAUAUAACUGCCACUUCUAUUUUUAAAUUGUGUGUAAUUGGACAAGAUGCUUCCAAAGAUUUGUCUUCCUUCAUUUCCAGUAUUUAUACAUUAACAAUUUUAUGUAUAAAGUAUCCAGUGCUUGUAUGUCUUCCUUAGAAGUUUAGUCACUCAUCAAUCUUCUGACCUGUCAUUAGUGAUUAUUUAUUCAAAUUCUCCCAUAAAAUAACAAAAAAUUUAAUCCAUACAUGUUUAAAAAAAGAAAAAGCUCAACUUUUCCUUAAUAUACAUACACAUUUGUGUAUAAGCUAAAAUCAAUGUAGUCAAAAACAUCAAACAGUAUCAACUGCAUUUUGGAUGUAGAUUCAUUCGUCUCAUACCAGCCUAUGAAAAGACAGAAAAUAAAUAAUAUACGCACAUAUAACCAUGUGUGUGUGUAUAUAAAAGAAGUCAAAAAUACCUGUAGCUGUGUAAGAAAAAAAAUUGUAAUUGUUCAGUGUUUUUUUAAGGGAAUUGAUUAAAUAUGGAAUAAUUUCCAUAAAGAGCAAUCAUUCCUAAAUAUACUUCAGUAGUCAUGAAGAAUUUUAAUCCAAAUUUUUACAAAAAGAUACGAAAAUUGUUUCCUUUAUAUUUUUGUCUUCCAUACACUUGUGUAUAUGUGUAUGUAUGCAUUUGUUUAUUUGAAGGAUCUCACAUUGUUUUUUUUUUUUUUUUUUAAAUCAAUGGAAUUACUCAUUUUAAUUCCAUAGAAUUAACAUGGCACUGACAAAACUGGGCUCUUAAAUUACAGGUAUAGUCCACCCUAAAGGCGUCUGUACAGUUUCUGUCUACUUAAUUUUUCUCAGGGCGCUUAUUUCAAUUGAAGGCUAAUGUAGAAAUCACUGAAGGAGCCAACAGGGUAUUAACCCAGAUUCACAUAAUUGUAAAGUGAACUUCUUAACCACUCAGUCAUAUUCACACACACACACAUGCAUUUCGUAUUAGGGACACAAUCAGAUGUUUCUUUUUUUCGAUUUUUUUGACAUAAAUAGAAGAUAUUGUGGCUGAGAUAUAGAAUUAAAGGAACAUAUUUAGCUAUGGUUGUCUUUUAAAUUGUUUUGUAAAUAUAUAUAUAUAUAUAUAUAUAUAUUUGAAAUACUUAUAAAGUUUGUUUAAGUCUAAAAUCAGUUUAUUGUUGCAUUUUCCUCCUGAAACUUGUGCCAAAUUCAUAUAUUUUAAGACGUUUGGUUGAAACUUGUUUGUUUUGACUAUAUGUGUCUGUUUUACACAAUAAAAAAUGUGGUGGAUGUUGUGGCUUGUCUCAUUGUUCUUUUGUCAUGUUAAAGACAACAAAACAGGGCCAUUGCUGAUUAUGUCUUCUGGUUUUCCAGUUACAGUAUAAAAAGUAAGGAUACCUUUCCAUCAAUCACAUGAAAAAAAGUCCUGCUUUGGUUUUUUUUUAAGAAUCUGAUGCCCCCACCCAGGUGGUGGAUUAUGAAAUUUGAAAAGAAAAAAUUUGUUGUAAAAUAAUUUCUUUUAUUGUAUUCGUUAUUAAAUAAUAUAUUGAACUUUUGUUAAAAUUAAAUCCCUUAUUGAUAUUUGUAAACACAAUAAUAGGAAUUUGGGAAAAGGAUUAUGUUUAGUGCCUUAGUCUGACUUACUGGGUGGUGGGGUUGUUUUCUAAAUAAAGAAAUGUCUUUCAUUUUAUUUGUUUGUUUAUUUAAAUGGAAGCCAUGCCUACAAGUGAAUUCCCUGGUUUCUUUUAUCUGCCACUCCUUGGCUCCACUACAGAUUCAGGUUGUAUUCAAUGCUUUUGAUCAUUGAAAUAUUCAACACAACAUACAAUAAUAUUCACUGCUUUGUGUGAAUUGCAUUAUAUUUUCUAUUCCCCACCCAAACAUAUUAUUAAAUGUGAAAACAUAUCAGAGACUUGGCCCUGCUUCUAAUUAGCCCCAUGAAAAAAUGUCAGAUCAAAAUUGAUUAUUUACUGUUACGAAGCUGAUUUAAUUGUUAUUGUCAUAAUGUCUCCCACCACUCUUACAUUUAUUUAUUUUUUUAGUAGUUCAAACAAAAUGGAGUCGAGAAGGGCAGAUAACUGUUCUUCCUUGGCACAUGAAAUCCUUAAAACACAAAGCAGUUCAUGAAGAUGUUUUUAAAUCAUUCAAAAUGAUGAAAAGAACAAAAUUUAGGAAUAAAAGGAGACAUUAUAUAUAUAUAUUUAUCCAAGUUUGUUUAAAAUUCUGCCAGGCAAGAUACGAAGAUUAACAGGCUAAAUGCCAUCUAAACAGUUCAUACCUUCCCCUUUCACUGUUAUAAACCCUGCUGGAUUAAUUUUAUAUAUAAUCCUUUUGAAGACAAUGAACGACAUCAGAAUAUGUGGGAGUUAGAUUCACUUUGAUGUUCAAACUAACAGUAUAUUGUUGAUUUUGUGCCAAGUCUAUUAUUAUUAUUGCCUAUUCUGUUACAAUACUUGUAAAGAUAUUUAUAUUCACACACACACACAAGGUGUUGUUAUGGAUACCAUUAAACAACUACCUGCAUGCAAUAUUAGCCAGUCUGUUAUCUCACACCUAUUUUACAUAGAUAAAUAUUAUCAAUCCCUAUGCAUUUCCUUAACAAAUAUAAUUUGGUACAUUUUCUUUAAGUUAUAUGCACUCACACACAUACAUAGACAUAUAUACACAUGUAUGCAUACACACACAAAUAUAUAAGCUGAUUUGUAUGUAUUAUUAAACUGAAUUUAGCCAGCUGCUGAAGGCUUAGCUGUGCUAAUAUAUACACAUACGUAUAUGUUCAUACAUAUAUAGCAAAUAUUUACUCCACUCUCUAGCGUGAAUGAACCACAAGAAUCUAAACAGUGGUGGGCUGGGAUGGAUAUUUUAUUAACUUUCAAUAUAUUGGGGUGUGAUAGGGAGGGUCUAACAUUGCCAGUUAGGUGCAAGAUUAUUUAUGUAUAAAUACCUAACAAUGUUCUGGGAUAUUUUAUUUUGUGCCCUUUUGCAUUUUUACAUCUCCAUUGAUAUUUAAAAAUUUUUUAAUUAGAUUGUUAGUAAUAAAAUGCUAAUUAGAUGUUUUAUUGUGUCUAGUUGAAAAACUCACUUCUCUGGGUUCAAAUACUGCUGGGGUUCACUUUAUCACGCAUCCAUCAAGGGUCAAUAAAACAUAAUCAGUAAAUUGUGAAGUUGAUUCAUUCAACUACAUCCCCCUCAUACAUAAAUUGGCCCAUUGCACCUAGUCAAAAGUAAUCCGCAAAAGUCUAAGUCAUGUUUUGUUUUAAUUUUUUAUUCUUCUACAUCUUGAAGAGGGAGAAAAAAUUUUGAUCUUAAGAGAAAAAAAAUUGUAUAAGUUAAUUUCCUAUUCUCUCACUUCAACAUGGAAAAACGUAUGUUAUAAUUUUAUAACACUUUUUUUGUUUAUAUUUUGUUGUCAUUUUUGUGUUAUUUUCUACUUGCAGUCAUUAAUUGUAUAUCAUUUCUAAAGUAUCAAUAAAUCAAUAUUACUA